AUGUUUCAACGUAGAUCAGAGGCUAGAGAAGAAUAAGGAGAAACAGUUAUAGCACUCUAUUCUUAAUAAACUAAUAUGAGUUACAUUCCUCCUGUUUAUUUAAAAAAUGGUCCUAAUUAAAAUAGAUCAUGUACUAAUCUAUGUUGUUGCUUAUUGUUUUUAUUAUCUAUUGGAGCUUUGGGAUAUUUUUAUUUCUUGACAUAUAGUAGUCAACAUAUCGAGAGACUUUACACACCUGUAGAUUCUGAAGGAAGAGAAUGUGGAUAAGGAAAUUUGAAUAAGUUUCCAUUCAUUUAUUUCGUAACUCCAGAAGAGGUUAGAUUCUUCAUAUAUAGCUAUAGAAAUAUCUAUAUAGAACAGUAUGUGUUGAAAAAUGUCCUAAAAAAGUAGAUUAGCAAUUGUUAUGUGCUCCAAAUAAAGUAGUCAUAGAAUGUCAUAAUAAUCCAAGUCCAACAAAUCCAGAGAAGCGAGUCUUAGUCUAUGAAUCUCAUUCAUAUUCUGGUAAUAUCUGUUUGCCAACGGAUGAUAAUUUAAAAAAUGCAGUUUAACCAGCAAUUUUAGUAGGGGAAAUUUAAUAAGCUUUAGUGAAUACAAAAGCAAAUUUACCAAUUAUAGCCAUGAGUGGAGGAGCUGCCUUUUUAUUGGCAUUCUUUUUCACAAUAAUGAUUGGAUUGUGCACUACAUUCAUAGUUUAUGUAUUCAUAUUAGUCUAUAUUUCUUUAACUGGUUUCCUUAGUGCAUAUUUUCUAUUAUAUUUCAUUAAAUUACCUUUAGAGUAUAUAUUCUUUUAAUAUUAUUUAGUUUAUUUCCUUACUUUGAUAAAUUAACAUAUGCAUGGAGUCCAUAUAUGUUAGGAGCCUCAAUAACAUUUGGAUUAUUAUGUAUAUAUGCUAUAUUUACAUUGUGUUGGAACUUAAGGAAGAUGAAAUUUAUGAUAUCUCUUGUUAAAUUGGCAACAACAUUCUUGUAUUAAAAUAAAACUAUUAUCAUUGUGCCUAUAAUAUUCUUUUUCUUAGUAAUGUCUACUUUAUUAAUAUGGAUUGCAAGUGCUUUGGCAGUACUUUCAGAAUAAUAAAUUGAUUAUUCAUCAGAUUAAUAAAUUUAUCCCUUUGAAAAGAUUUAACUCAAAUUUGAUACUUUAAUUAAAUUAAUGAUUACUGUACUUGCUUUAAUUUGGUUAAUGCAAUAUAUACUAUCAUUGGCCAGAUUCCUUAAUGCUUCAACAGCCACUCUCUGGUAUUUUCAUGCAUCUUCUAACAAAGGAUUUGUAUAUGAUAGUUUCAAAUUAGCUGUUAGAUAUCAUAAUGGUAGUAUCACAGCUGAAGCAAUUUACAGCUUCUUUUUUAGUGGUAUAUCAAAAGCAUUCAAUCUAAUUUAUGUAAAAUUAUAAAUUACAUGAUAGGAUUCACUUAAUCGAUGCAGAUUGAAGAGACAUAAUAUUAUAUUAAAUUGUUUUGCAUCAAUUUCUUUGUGUUUAUGUUGUAUUUGUGAGAAUUUCAUAAUGUACAUUAACAAUUAUGCUUUUGUGUAUAUUGUAAUGACAUCAGCAGAUUACUUUGAAUCAAGUAAAGCUGUUCAUUUUACAAUCAAAAGAAACUAUUAAGAUUUUGAAACUCUUUCAGGAUUGGGAGAACAAUUUACUCAUUACAGCAAAAUGUUUAUAUUUCUAGUAACAACUCUUGGAACAUUUAUUUAUGUAAAGGAAUAGACUGAUUUUACACUUUAAUUGUAUACUUUUGCAAUUAUUGCAUUUAUAACUUUGUCAAUAGCCACUCUAUUUAUGGAUAUGUUUGGAUAAAGUGCAGAUGCCUUAGUACUUACAUACUUUACUGAUUGUGAAGUGUAAAAGUAUCAUUUUGGACUUGAGGAGUGUGGUUCGUGUCCAUCAUAAAUAAGGGAUUAAGUUUAACACAUAAGGGAAAAAUAAAAGAUUUACUAUGGUUGA